AUGGCACCAUUUUUUAAAAUAAAGAGUAAGUCUUCAAAAACUUCUUCAGACGGAAUCUCUUCUCCAAACGAAACUCUUCAAAGUCCACAAAGUAGUCGAGUGCCCUCCAACUACAGUGAAAAGGUUGUGUAUGCCCUUCAGGGCAGAUCAGCAAGCUCAGGAUCGGGACAGCAUGUGAAAUCUCAUAUCACUUCAACCAAAGAACAAAACAACCAACUUGCAUCUUUUAGGGCUUUACCUCAAGGUACGCCUCUCAUAGAUCAAUCUGAAAACUCUCCAUACCAGUCUGACUCAAAUCUUCAAAGCCAAGCAUUCUCGAAUCCAGUGAGAAUGGAAAAUGAUGAGAUGAUCGGAAACACAACAUUAACACAGCUUUGGAGUCCAGUAGAAACAAAAGGUGUUCAGAAAGUAGAUUUAUAUCGAGAUACUGGCGAGCUUCAGCAGCAAGAACGAUCCACGAUAGCCUCUAACAGCCCCUGGAAAAAAAAAAUACUUUAUAAUUCUCCUUUCCCCAGGUUUAGUCAUGCUGCUUCAUCUAUUACCUCAGAAGCCGGAGCACUUUAUCUCAUGGGGGGACUGUGUGGUAAAAACGUUUUUGGGGACAUGUGGAUUGUGGAACCCGUGAAAAGUAGCUCUGAUAAACUAAAUGAUUAUCCAUAUAUCGCAUCCCCAAUUGAAAAUUUUGAGAAAAUUCCAUCUCCGCGAAUCGGGCACUCUUCAAUUUUGAUUGGAAAUGCUUUCAUUGUAUUCGCUGGGGACACCGUUACCAAUACGACUCAAGAGCUUGACAACAAACUUUAUUUUUUCAAUAUCACGUCACUGAAAUGGACUAUCACGUCUCCUGACGGUCCAAAACCGUGUGGAAGAUACGGUCAUCAAAUUGGUGUUCUCAAUUUCGAAAACAAUGCUAGUCCUUCACAAUGGUCGAGCUACCUUUAUGUUUUUGGAGGACAAGUAGAAAACGAUUAUUUCAAUGAUAUGUGGAGAUUUGAUCUUUCGAGUUUUAGAGACCCCAGAACCCAAUGGGAGAGAAUUGCCAUUGACGAUGGGGAUGUUGUCCCUCCAGUGAUUUCUAACCAUUCUAUGACCGCAUAUAAUAAUAAAUUAUAUGUGUAUGGGGGAACAGAUGGAAUUAGCAUCUACAAUCAUCUUUUGGUUUUUGACCCUCUAAUAAACAAAUGGGAAUAUUGCAAGCUUAAGGGCUCGGUUAUUCCACCUCCACUCCAAGGUCAUGCGGCGGCAAUAUACCAGAAUUUGCUCUUUAUUUUUGGAGGCAAGACAGCUGGCGGUGAAGCCUGUGAUGGCCUCUAUAUUGUUGACCUUAAUUCCUUAACUUGCUUCCAGCUGGAGUCUGGCCUCUUUUGUUCGCCUACUAAAAGGUGUGGCCAUACAAUAACCAUUGACCCGGUUCAUGAAAAAUUGUUAGUGAUGGGUGGCGAUCAGUUGGACAAUGAUUUCACACAUGUAUCUGAAACUAAAAACAAGCUCAUUCAAGAUUCUCAGUUUGAAUACCAAAACUCAAUCAUUUAUGAACUAGACCUUCAGCUUCUCCCAAAGUUUUUAAGGUUCACAUCUAGUCUGAACAAACAGCCUACAAUAAAAUCACCACAAUCGUUCAGGAAACCAUCUGAAAUAUCCAUUGACAAUACCAAUGAACCUGUUGGUGUGACAAGAGGGUCUAGUAGGCUAAGUCAAUAUGCUGUUUAUGAAAAUGUAAGUGACGAUGAUGAAACCAAGGAGAUAUCUGAUUACCAUGUUGAUAAACCUGCUGUGUCCAAUCCUUUCCAACCCCAAAUCCAAAAUAACCCAUCAAAACUCAAAUUAGAUUGUGAUAACGAGGUUCUAGCUCUCACGCUUCCCGACCCUGGAUCUCAGUCAAUGAAAACGGAAGAUAUCCACAAGCCACGUGAGUAUGUGAGAGAAGCCCAUAAAAAGGUGUUCAUUGCACCAGAGAAGAACGGGCCGAAUUUUAAUACCAGUUGUGAUGUGGGGGAGCAAACUUCAAGUAUUGCAGGGAGGUUUGUAGCAACGCCUGCUACAGAUGCCUAUCAAAGUACUGAGAAAACUCAGGAAAUCAACUAUCCUUCUAAGAGUGAGCAAGAAUAUGUUGGACCAAAUACUCUUGAAUCACCCAAUCGGAACGGCUCGAGUUUGGAUUCAACAACCUUUAAAGAGUUUUCAACCAUGCUACAAUCACUCAGAAGGGAAAUGGCUGAGAAAGUCGAAAAGGCAAACCUUCAGCUCAACAGUUUGGAAUUUCAACGUCAGGAACUUAUCAAAGAGAAUGAAGCACUCAAGUCACUGGUCGCUGGUGAAGCAGCUAGACGAACAGAAACAGUGCAAGAGAGAAUCAAUCAAGAAGAACCGCGUGAUGCGAUGUCAGCAAGAAGUUUCAGUGAUAGUCAACGUAUUGCAUUGGAAAAUCAGAUCCUUCAGCUGACAGCUAAAAACACGGCACUACUCUCCAAGGUGAAAAAUUACGACUAUGUAUUCGAGGAACGUUUGCAGAAAUUGGACAGACUCAAUCUUUUGAUACAAGAACAAGAGAGGAGCAUCAAAGAACUAAAAUCACAUCUGAGAGGUGAGGCAGCUAUAUUGGCUAGGAUAACAGAACUCGAUAAUCGGAUUAAGUGCGCUGAGCGGAAGUCGAUGUACUUAUGUGACGUAGUUGGAAUCAGAGAUCAUACAACUUCCGAUAUCUCUGAAUCAUAUGCUGACGAAAGGAAACGUUAUUAUCUACAGGCCAGCCAACUUUCAGAGAAUAUUGACAAACUUCUCAAAUCCUGGAAAGAUGCUCCGAGAGAGCAUGUUCUCAAUCACUUGAUCCAUGAUACAAAUUCACUCCAUCAGUUACCGGGUGCGGUUGAUGGUAAUUUAACAGAUGAUCUACAAAAGCAAAUCAACGAACUGAUAGCAAGCAAGAAGAAUGACGAGGAAAAGAUUAGCAAACUCACGGAUGAACUGACAAUGUAUUCUGUCAAAGUUAGGGAGCUAGAAGACUCCUAUAGAAAGUCUUACGCUUCGCUUAAAAAUUCGCAUAAGGCGCUUACAGUAUCUCAAAGCGAAAUCGAAAAAUACAAAGAACUAAACAAGCACCUGAUGAAUGAGUUAAAAGAGUUGCAAAUGAAAAGCAUGAGCACCAGUGAUAGGGAGAUGAAUGACAGGUCAUCUGUUGAAAGUGGCAUCUCAGGAAUUGAUGCUUCCUUUGAUGCCCGGUACGAUUUCAAAAUCAAAGAUUUGGAAGCAGACUUAUUUAUUGUAAGUCAGGAAAGAGACCAAUUAAAGGAAGAAAUAAUAACGCUGAAGAAAAAGCUUUACACAGUCUCGUCUUGA